UCCCUUCACACAGUCGAAUUGGCAUCCUUGCAUCCUGCAUCCAAGGAUGGUUUCACCAUCGGUCAAGCCUCUCUAGAUCGUACGCCGGUUCCGUCACUCACCGAUUCAAACAAGCUCUCGAAGCAUGUCCUCUAGCCAAUUUCAACAUCUGGCUUUCCUCGAGACGACUUCGCCUCCAAGCCACGAAAGGCCCAUCAGCAACUGCCACAGGAUAGAGUGUCACCCCGCUAUCGAGAGUCUAAAUGGCAUGAUGACGUUGAUGGAGGGGUUGUUUUAAGGUUUGCGGGAGCUUGUUGGAUCUCGCUUUGACCAGUCUGGACUCCGUGCUGAGGCUUGUCGUGUUGGUGCUGAGAGGGAUCUACUCCAUCGUUAAGAGUAAAUUGUCCGGUUAGAGGGGUUCGUCUCGAGAGGGAGUGGGAGAAAGCAAGGGAGAGGGAGGGCCAAGCUACUAUGUCACUUAAAAAGAGAGAUCUCCGCUCACAUGAGAGUUGGGUUCAUGCUUCUCAACGUUCUUCUCGUCUUCAUUACUAUCUUGAUUUUCUGAAAUUGUCCAGUCGUGCCAGUGGAUAUCCAAACAGUCCUGUGAUUUUCAGAAAUAGACGUGGCAAGUAUCGAGUGUUUACAAUGGCCCCAUCAGCAGUUGAAUCUACAACACCACCAAUUGCCACAAUGCCACCUCCCACCGAUACACCGCCUAUCCAAACACAAGUCUCCCUGGCCGGGAAGGUUAUAGCCAUCACUGGCGCCAACCGUGGCAUCGGUCUCGGCGUCGCCGAGUGCUGUCUCAGUAACGGAGCGGCAAAGAUCUACUCCAUCGACAUCACCGCACCAGGCGACGAGUUCACCGUGCUGGCUAAACGCUUCCCAGGUCGAAUCGCAGCCGUGCAAGCGGACGUCACCAAGGAAGACAGCGUGACUGCUGCCGUAGACAAGAUCGUCGAGGAGGCUGGCGCUCUACAUGGUAUGGUUGUGAAUGCUGGAAGGACGAACCAUAAGUCUGCAUUGGACUUUACCCAGGCAGAUAUUGAGGCAUUAUUCAAUGUUAAUCUUUUUGGUGCUUUUUACUGCGCGCGAGUUGCCGCUAGGGCGUUCAUCAAGCUCAAUAUCAAGGGUGCAAUUGUCUUCACAGCUUCCAUGGCAUCGUACCGACCAAACAAGCGCGUCCCCUCAACACCUUACGGCGCCUCAAAAGCCGGAGUCCGAAACAUGACGCACACGCUCGCCAUGGAAUGGGCACAAUACGGCAUCAGAGUCAACAGCGUAUCGCCUGGCCUAGUCAACACAGCUAUGACGUACUGGGUUCCGCAACAGCCAGACUGGGAGCAGCAGCUGAAGUAUUAUGGUGGGUUUCCGAGGCUGGCAGAGGUGCAGGAGCUCGGUGGUGCGUACGUGUAUCUAUUGAGUGAUGCUGCGAGUUAUACGACGUCGAUUGAUAUCCCGGUUAAUGGCGUUAUUGGAAUUUGUUGAGUGGAAUUGGUGCUUUCGUCUAGGAUACAAGGGACAAGGUUAGAAAAUGCGUCAAUAGGACGUAUUAUCGAAUAACUAGCUAGCUCUUUGAAGCACUUUUCGUGUUUCCUAUUUUACGGUCGCAUCCGUGUGGGCUGGUCUGCUGAUGCUGACAUUGAUCGAAACCACACGUGCAGUGUUCAUUGCCCCUGCCCCAAAAAUAUUGAAGCCGAUUGAAUACUCAGAUGAACCCGGAAUCGUGCGCUACUUUGGUGAUAUUAAUUGAUUCGAGUAAGCUUGCUUGUGUCGUACUUUGGACCGUCCAUUGAUGGAUUUUUUCUGGAAAUUGUGGUACAUUAUGGUCCACGAGUAAAGCAACGCAGCUCAAUAUCUUGGCAUACUCUCCAUCUCUGUCCUCUUGCUGGGCCAGAUAUAACCUGGAAGUAGUCUCCUGUAGUACUCC